AUGGAGCUGACAGGUUUACCCUUUCUUUUAGCGGUAAAGCCACCAAGAGGAUCAUCAACGGUCCAAGAAGGUUUACCAGAAGGGUUCGAGGAGCGGGUUAAGGGGCGUGGUGUGGUUUGGGGAGGAUGGGUGCAGCAACCUUUGAUAUUGUCUCAUCCAUCGGUAGGCUGCUUUGUGAACCAUUGUGGUCCUGGAACAAUAUGGGAGUGUCUCCUGAGUGAUUGCCAAAUGGUUUUAAUUCCAUUUUUCGGUGAUCAAGUUCUCUUCACAAGAUUGUUGACCGAGGAAUUCGAGGUUUCUGUAGAAGUUUCGAGGGAAAAAACCGGAUGGUUUUCAAAGGAGAGCUUAAGAGAUGCGGUCAAGUCUGUGAUGGAUAAAGACAGUGACCUCGGGGAGCUAGUGAGGAGUAACCACGCCAAAUUGAAGGAGAUUCUUAUUAGUCCUGGACUAUUUGCUGGUUACGUGGAUAACUUUGUUGAGGCAUUGACUGAUUUGAUCAAUGUGAAAAAACAUGAUUAG